AUGUCUGAACGUUCCAACAUCUCCGGCGAUCUCAUCUGGGAGGUUGUCCGCAACAACAACUCCUUCCUGGUCAAGCGAAGCUCGGCCGGCGGUGUCCAAUUCUCCCGAGACCCGUUCAACCUGGUCAACAAGCACAGCCGCAAACAUGAGGGUUUCGUGAACGACAAGGCCGUGUCUGUGCAGGCCAACGAGAAAGGAGGCGUCACCUUGAAGACCAAGAAGCCCGGCAAGGCCAACAAGCCUGCGUCGCAGCACAACGUCCACGCCUACGGCAAGACCGUGUCGAACCGAAAACUCUACAAGAACAUCGCCGAUGCUGUUGGCAAGAACUCGUACCGCGCCGACUUGAACAGAGACGCCAUUGCGCGCGCCAGCGCCAUCAAGGACUCGCAGCGCGUGAAGAAGGAUGUUCCGGAGAAGAAGCCGCGUGGCCUGAAGGGACACAAGACUGAGGCGUGA